GCGCUGUCUUUGUUUACAGUAAAGGGAAGUGAACAGCGUAGCACAGUGUUCUAUUACGUUCAAGUGCUUUUAUUCAAAAAAGUACAAGCUAACAGCAUCGACUAUUACUAGGAUCACAUCGCAGUUAUGGUGGCAAUGACGAAGAAGGUGAAAACCUUCCAAAUCACCCUAUCGGAUUCAAACAAGUCCUUUUACUGCGGCGGGGACAAGGUGUGUGGCCGAAUUGAAGUAGAGGUGAGCGAGGUGACUCGGGUGUCUGCAAUGAAGAUACUGGCUCUGGGCUGCGCCAAAGUGGAGUACGCUAAAGGCAAGCAACGGUGCCGCCAGGAGGCCGAGUACUUACGCUAUGAAGAGGUCCUGCAGUUGAGCGAGCAGCCCACAGAUUCCGAUGGAUCAGUUGUCUUAAGGCCUGGUAAUAAAUAUGAGUACAAGUUUGGAUUUGAUCUUCCUCAGCAAGGGCAGCUGGUGUCUUCAUACAAGGGGAAGUUUGGUUAUGUCCACUAUUAUGUAAAGGCCUUGAUGGAGAGGCCACAGCAACCUAUUCUGGAGUGCAAGAAAUGCUUCGAGGUGGAGGAACCUCUGGACGUCAACACACCAGAUCUGCUGUCUCCCACAGGUGGCACAAAGGAGAAGAAGGUCACCUGCAUGUUCAUCCCUGAUGGUCAAGUGUCGCUGAAUGCAAAAAUUGACCGACGUGGAUUCUGUGAGGGCGAAGACAUUUGUAUCAAUGCGAAGUUUGAGAACACUUGCUCACGCAUUGUGGUGCCCAAGGCCGCCAUCAUCGCCAAACAUACUUACCAGGCCAAUGGCCGCACCAAGGUCUUCCGUCAGAAGCUUUCUUCAGUGCGUGGAAACCACAUUAUCUCAGGCAUGUGUGAUGCCUGGCAGGGAAAGACUAUCAGGGUGCCAAAGAUCAAACCGUCCAUGCUUGGCUGCAACAUCAUUCGUGUGGAGUAUGCCCUAAUGAUUUAUGUCCACAUCCCAGGUAGUGAGAAGCUAAUUCUAGAGCUACCUCUGGUUAUUGGAACUGCUGGUCUUGGUAGCCGUAGCAACAGUGUUAGCAGCCAAGAGGGUUCAGUCAGCAAUGCGUCUCAGAGUUGGGUGUCCCUCAGGAUGCCCUCUGAGCCUCCAAGUUACUGUGACAUCACUAAGGACUGCCGCCUGGACCAGCCUCUUACCCCGCUGCUGGAUGAUGUCGACUGUGACGACAGUCCCAUCUUCAUGAAUGCACCCAGCUUCCAGUACCCAUCACCUCCAACCUACACUGAGACAGAGGAGGAGUACAUUGGGAAUUCAGUCAUGCUUCCUGUCUGCUGAAGCUCAUCAGUGGGGAUCCUGGAGAUGUAUUCACUGACUAUUCUUCAAAGGCACUUACAAUGGAGUUGAGUUGCCCACACCAGAUGUAAAGCCAGGGAUAUAAAGAUAAAGACAAAGAUUCUUACUUAUCACUGUGCUUCAUCACCUACAGUACAGACCAAAAGUUUGGACACACCUUCUCAUUGAAUUCAAUUAGAAAGUGUGUCCAAACUUUUGGUCUGUACUGUAUGUUGAUCCAAAGUCUUCCUUCUGGUGCUUGUUUUGCUUAUGACCUGAGGUCAUAGAUUCUGUGGCACAUUACAUUUCUGAGUAAGCUGUUCCUUCUUAAGACUGUGGGUAUCAAGCAUCAGAUGUGUCAGACCCCAGCCUGCUAUAACUUGUUUUCUUUCAAUCAUGAAUCUCUGUCAUUCCAAUCAAGUCUUGGAUUUGUAAGAGAAUUUAGAGGAAGGUUCAUUAUUUUGUGUCGCAGUACUGUAAAGAAUUUGUUGGGAACAAAUUUUUCACAGGUAAAAGAACCAUAAACAGCUUUCUUUUUUCCAUGUUGUUUUGAGCAUCCACUUAAGCCACAUUUUAUACCACAACUCUUAACCUAAUUUUGUUUGAUGCUUGUUGGUUUUUGAUGUAAAAGUAAAAUAUUUCCUGGGGAAAAAUCCACCUUGUUAAAAAAUGUCUAUAUUUGACUUUCAUUUAACAUUGCAAAAUUCAUUCAAGUGGCAACAUUGUUUUCUUGUAAAAAGCACCUUAUGUGAAUACAAGCUUUGUAUGUAAUUUGCAGUUGUCUAAGAAGGCAUUUCACAGUAACAUCUACUUUGUUCUCAUUCUUUAAUUUCUGAACUAUCAGGGCCCAAAAUGAGUUCGUUGUGCAAGACUGUAUAUUUGCAAUGCUUUGUCUCGACAUGAGUUAUUUUUGUAUGGAACCCUAUGGGUCAGUUUUUUGAAUAAAGAAAUGUCUAAAAUGAGGCAGAAUUUCUGCUCUUCAACAUA